AUGGAGAGCGUCUUCUCGCCGGUGCUCGCUUCUGCGUUCGCGCGAGCCAUCCCGUUCGGCGACAAGGACUUGGCGUCGGAGGAGAGCCUGUGGGACUCGUACGAGCGGUGGCGGAGCCACCACAGGGUGUCGCGGCACCCCGACGAGGCGCGGAAGCUGUUCGACGUGUUCAGGGAGAACGAGGAGUUCAUCCACGCCUUCAACAAUAAGGAGAGUCCCUACAAGCUCGGGCUCAACGGGUUCGCCGACAUGGCGAACGAGGACUUACGAAGCUGGUCCACUGGCUCCGACGUGCACCGUCUCCGGGGACGAAGACGACACCGCUCGGGUGAAGAACUCGUGGGGAGAGCGAGGCUACAUCAGGAUGCGGUGUGGCAUCGCCACGGAAGCUUCUUAUCCCAUCAAAACAUCAGCCAAUCUUUCAAGGAUGAACUUUGA